AUGCUGCUGCUGCAUUCCGUUCCAAAGUCCAGAGCAACGAUUCAUCUUUCGCAAUUGGCCUUUAGACAUGCAUAUAAGACCAAUGAGUCUCAAAACCCCAAAUUCCGAAUCGCCACCUCCAUCCAACACGCCAUUCGAGACGGCAAUGUCCAUACGGGUUACAACAUUUUUACAACCUUUCACGCGGAAACAUCUGCCACUGUAGAGGAUAAAACAGGGUCCAGUAGAUCGCCUGGGAGACUCUUGGCUCAUAUCCUCUUGCACUCUCUGCUUCGCAAUAACCGAGCGCACGCUGCAGCGAGCUUUGCCAAACUGUGUAUGGAGAGAGGAAUAAGGAUACGAAAAUCCACAUUUUUCAAAGUUUUUGCUGCCAUUUCGCCACCCAGCGAUCUCCAACUCAGCCCACUUCGAACAGAGGCUCGGCUUCCUCAGACUCGACCGCCUUCCCUAACGGCUGCAAUCUCCCUGCUAGCAGCGGCAAGAAGGUCGAACCACAAGCAGGAACCUUGGAUGUAUGACCGCGUUCUCAGCGCUCUCUUACUCCAAGGUGAGAUGCUGACGGCGGCGCUGUUAUUUGCAACCAUUGUCCGAGAGUGGAACGCGCGCCAGCAGUUGAAAAAGACUGUCAAAACGGAUAAUGGGCCCCACAAUCUCGAUGAGCAACCAGACGGUGCACCUGGUGCGCAAGCCUCGGACUGUGUCCCUCAACCCACAAAUGCCUGGAUGCGCCAAAUCAUUAAAUCUCUGACGAAUAGCCACCAAGAUACUGUGUCUAAAUUUGAUCAACACCAGGCCAUGCGGGGACUGUCUGUGUUGGCAUCUUUAUUGUGGGAUCAUGUACCAUUUGUCCCCAGUAGAUCACAUCUGAUCAAAGCAGUCGCCGAGACCCCACGGGAAUCACAUACUAACGCGAAGAUCCACGAGGAAUGGCACUCUCGUCUGGAGAAUCUCUGCACCCAUCCAACGUCUUUAGCACCUCUCGACUCCGCUUCAUACCACUCUCUUCUCCAUUACUCCUUCAGACAGCGAGGAUCACUCGACCUUGCGGCUCGGGUGCUCGAACUGCUCUGCAUGUACCACCGACCAACCUCUGCCACGUACAAUAUCCUGAUACGUGAAGCGACCAAGAUGAACGAAGAUAACCUCUCGCUCCAACUGCGUGAACGAUUGUCUUCUCGUCCAACCAACUAUAUAGCUCGGUCGCAUCGGGUAGUUUGUGACGGCAACACGGCAGCUCUUGCAAAAAUCAUGGAGAUAUUGAUUGCCUUCCCAGCGCCGACGGUAGACGAGUAUACGCUCAUUGCGGUGAUGCUCGCCGACUUGUCUGCUGGUGAUAUCUCAAACGCAUCUCGGAUACUUUUCCUUCAGUUCCCGCUUUUAAAUCAACCUAGCAAAGGUGUAAAGCGGGACUUGGGGUCGACAUCGGCUACUCGGAGAGCAAGAUUGCUAUCACCCCACUUCUGGGCCACCGCAGCACUCAUAGCGUCCGAGGCUUACUCCAUGACAUUAUCUAUGCGAAUCUGGAGGUUCGUGAAGAGGGCAGAGAAAGCCUCAUCAGCGAACGGCGCGGGCGUCGUUCGGCUGUAUGGGACCGAGGCAUAUACGAAUCAUUUGCGGCUCUUCCAUAGACGUCUCUCGGAGAUUGACCGGCGCGUCUGUCGGGUCCUUCAACAAUCUCCUGGUGAUGGUAGCAGUGGCACUCGCAUUGCUCGUUUAUUUACGUUAUACGAGUGGGUAUUGCGGAACUUGCACGCGGUGCUGGCAUCACUACGGGAUAGUGCUAUAGAUGGGCUCACGUUGGAUAAGGGUUUGAGUGAGACUCUCCUCAGCCUAGCAGAUCUAACCGUCAGGCUCGAAAAUCUACUGCCACGUCUAGCGCACCCAAUCAUCAGCCCAAUGCAACGAUCCCAGUACUUUCAUAACCCAGAAUGGCAAUAUCGCGUACGCCGGAUACUGGGAAUACUACGAAGGAUACUCUCGUCGCAGCAUGGCUUGCUCCCGAAAUCAGGAUCGGGCGACAUCGUUUAUCCAGGGUGGUGGCACCCUGAUCAAGUACCUACACGGGUCUCCACUUCUUAG